ACCAACAGGAACAAGCUGAUGAAAAAUACAUGAAAAGGAGAGUUGAAAAUGCUGACCUGGCUCCCAACACAAGCUAUCGUCUCCUUACAAACAGCGCCGAGCUGCCGGACCAACUUCAUAUGCCCUGGACGACAUGUAUCCAGACGGCCGCUGAUUGAAGAUUUGGUUAGCAGAGGCUCGCAGUACCUCGCAUAACUCCAGUACCACACUUUAUAGCGAGGCACGAUGCUUGGAUUUUGCAGAGAUGGGAAACCGUUCGUCUUGAUAUUGUUAAAUGCCUUGGUUGUUUCAAAAGGAGCCGCGGAAGAGAACGUUUUUACAAACCAUCUCUUGGUUCAGUUGCAUGAAGGUACGAAUGAUGAAGCACAACAGCUUGCAAUGGAGCACGGGUUUGACAGCGCCCGAAAGCUGUCGUUUGGAGACAGACUUUUUCACUUCUACCCUGGAGAAGAUCCCCAAGCCAGGCAGAGACGCAGCCUCAAGCGUUGGCAAAGCCUGGAGAAGCACUACAUGGUGAAAAAAGUGACCCACCAAGAGGGGUUCAGCAGGAAGAAGAGAGGCUACCGAAAUAUCGAUGAUAUCACCGUCAAUAUGAAUGACCCCUUAUUCACCAAGCAGUGGUAUCUUAUAAACACGGGGCAGGCAGACGGCACCCCUGCGCUGGAUCUCAACGUGGCCCAGGCGUGGGAGCUGGGGUUCACCGGGAAAGGAGUAACCAUAGCGAUCAUGGAUGACGGAAUUGACUAUUUGCACCCAGAUCUUGCUGCAAAUUACAACGCAGAAGCCAGUUUUGACUUCAGCAGCAACGACCCCUAUCCGUAUCCCCGCUACACGGACGACUGGUUUAACAGUCACGGAACCAGGUGUGCUGGUGAGGUUUCCGCGGUAGCGAACAACAACAUCUGCGGUGUGGGAGUGGCUUACAACUCCAAGGUGGCAGGCAUUCGGAUGCUCGAUCAGCCUUUCAUGACGGACAUCAUCGAGGCCUCGUCCAUCAGCCACAUGCCGCAAGCCAUCGACAUCUACAGCGCCAGCUGGGGUCCCACGGACGACGGCCGGACGGUGGACGGCCCCCGAGAGCUCACGCUCCAGGCCAUGGCAGACGGGGUCAAUAAGGGUCGAGGAGGCAGAGGGAGCAUCUACGUGUGGGCUUCGGGGGACGGGGGGAGCUUCGACGACUGCAACUGCGAUGGCUACGCCUCCAGCAUGUGGACCAUCUCCAUCAACUCUGCCAUCAACGACGGACGCACCGCCCUGUACGACGAGAGCUGCUCGUCCACGCUGGCCUCCACCUUCAGCAACGGCAGGAAGAGGAAGCCCGAGGCGGGCGUGGCGACCACAGAUCUGUAUGGGAACUGCACACUGCGACACUCUGGGACCUCGGCGGCCGCACCAGAGGCAGCUGGAGUAUUCGCCCUGGCACUGGAAGCUAACCCCAGCCUGACGUGGCGGGACGUCCAGCACCUGACGGUCCUCACCUCCAAGCGGAACCAGCUGCACGACGAGGUGCACCGGUGGCGGCGGAACGGCGUGGGCCUGGAGUUCAACCACCUGUUUGGCUACGGCGUGCUGGACGCCGGCGGCAUGGUCAACAUGGCGCUGGAAUGGAAGACUGUGCCGGAGCGGUUCCACUGCGUCGCCGGCUCCGUUCAGGAAGUGCAUAAGAUUCAGUCAGGCCACAAGCUGUUGCUUUCCAUCACCACCGAUGCCUGCCACGGCAAGGACAACUUUGUGCGCUACCUGGAGCACGUGCAAGCCGUCGUCACCGUCAACGCCAGUCGCCGCGGCGACCUCAGCAUCAACAUGACCUCGCCCAUGGGCACCAAGUCCAUGCUGCUGGGCCGGCGUCCCCGCGACGACGACGCCAAGGUGGGAUUCGACAAGUGGCCCUUCAUGACCACCCACACCUGGGGCGAGGACCCCAGGGGCCCCUGGCUCCUGGAGGUGGCCUUUGAGGGCGACGCCCCGCAGAGGGGGGUGCUGAAGGAGUGGACGCUGAUGCUCCACGGGACGCAGAGCGCCCCCUACAUAGACCAAAUGGUACACGGCUACCAGCCCAAACUGGCCAUGUCCAAAAAGGAGGAGUUGGAGCAGGAGCUGGACGAGGCGCUGGAGAGGAGCUUGAAGAGCCUGCUGAGUGAAAGCUAAAGGCUUUGCAUGUUGUCGGGUUUUCAUCUUUUACCUACACCUCCUCUCCCAACCGCGCACUGCCGUACCUCUUUAAAGGGCCAGGAAAUUGAUUGUCUUAAUGCUUAUUUCAAGUUUUUAACCCAUUUAUAAUUGUUAAAUAGUAAAUAAAGCUAAUAUAUUAUUGUGACCUAUUCUGCAGAUAAGGACAAGACGCGUGUGUAUCCUCCGCUCAUUAAUAUUCAUAUCUGUAAGACGCUGCAUAUGUAAACCAGUCCUCUUCACUAGGUUAGAGCAGGUUGUCCAGUUUGGUAACGUUAGACUACCUGACAACAGGAAAUAAAGCAACACAAGCUAGGCAAUACCAUUGCCUAGUUAAACCUGCAGAUCAUUCAAUGUGUAAUAAUGUUGAGCUACUGUAUACUAACAUUAGACUUGACAGCAGUCUCAAAUUCUGGACAUUACACCUGUAUAAACAAAGGAUUUAUUUCCACAUAUCUAAGCUUGAAAACUGUUUAAUUAGCUAAUGGUGGGGCAACUUACCGAUCAAUCAAGAGUGUCACUGGCAGCAACAGGAGGGCGGGAGGGAGGGAAGGCACUGUGCUGGCUUUUUAGCAAAGCCACAUGGUUGUUGUUGAUAGUUGGUGAAGUCCUCCCGGCUAAAGUGGGAACUACAAAUAUUAACUGUUGGAGUUAUUGCAAUAUUACAGUGCCCGUAGGCCUCCCGAAAUGAGACCUGUGUCUUGUGGGUCGCUCCAUUUUUUGGAAAUUAAAGAAGUGCAUUGGUUUUUCUGUAUCCAGAGAAGGCACAAUUUAGAACAGAGCUUGCCCACACAAAAGUGGGAAGGGCAUCAUUUGCAUAUUACAAGUAGAAAGGAUUUCACCUUUCAUAGCCUUUCAGUUACAUAUAUUUCACCCAGCUCACCCCACCCACUGAAAGCCUGGCAUUUAGCCAAGGGGGAAAGCAAGCCAAACUCAUCACAGGCUUUUCUGUUUUUUUCCUUGGACAAAUCAUUUUAAAAAUACUUCUAGGUCAUUUGUGAAUGCAAAACAAGCAUUAAGAAAACAAAUCAGCAAAGAUUUCAGUUUCCUGGAACUUUUACCCUCUCCCAACUUCCCAACCUGUAUUUUGAGCUCUUUCCUGUGGUCACUGUCCCUUCUUUGAUGAAUGCUUCCUGUUAUCAUUUUAAAAUGUAAUCCCACCCCCUCAAAAAAGCUAAUAUGCAGUAUCCAAUUAAAGGAACAAUGGGGUUUUCUUAUUAUUUCUUAUAAUUUGUACACUUUAUGGAAUCUACAGCAUAUGGAAUAUAUCAGCUCUGUUAUGUUGUUGCUUUUUGAGCCUGCUGCUACAAAAUGGAACCUGCUGACCAGACCGUGCCUGUAAAUGAUUGUGUCAGUCUACUUAAAGUUUAAUAUUUGCAAACAGAGCAGUGACAUUUCUUCCCAUAUUUUUGACAAAUAUUGUUUUCUAUAAAAAUGAAAAGGAAUGCGUGAUACGUUUUGUAGUGUUUGAGGAUAUUUAAUAACCAUAUAUAGAGAAAUAAAUUAACUGUGCCUUUUGCUAAAGCACUUGACUAAUUGAAACAGGCAUCCUGUAGCUUAUAAGAAAGAACUUGAGUAAUGGUUGUAUUGCACAUUUGGGGAUAUGGGCAUUUCUGAGAAAAACAAAAGGAUGUGCAUACCAUAAAGUUGGGGUUUUUGGUGUGUGGGUGCCUGUCUGUCUUUAUGUCUGUCUGUUUGUCUGUUUUUUUUCUGUCUGUCUGUCUGUGUCUGCGUGCGUGUAAAUAAAUUGCAAACUAUUUCUUUGUGUGCAGAGGAGGGGAUGGAGAGAGAGAGCUGAGCCUUCUCUGAGGAAAGAUGAAGGAGGGAGAAGCAUGUGUUCCAUCAUGCUAGACUUAAAAAGGCAUGUUCGGACUGGUUUAAUGGGUUAGUUUCCUUUCUUUUAUAUGCUAUUUCAGUCUUCCUGCAUAUUUUCAACAGGCCCAGUGUGUGUGAUCAUUAUCAUGACCUGUGAAAUUAUUUUACUUAAAUCAUGUUGAUUUACACAUAAUUAAAUCUCAUCCGACGAUAAUUUGUAGCCUAUUUCACCCACUUGUGAAGUCAGCAUCUAAGGUUUCUGACAUGCGUUGUAUAGCUGGGUCACACAAACUUUCAGGCUCUGUCUCACACUCUCACACCACCCAAAUGAAUCCCACCCCAAAUGAAACGACAACCUUGUCACCCCAGAUCUAUUUAAAAUGUCUCCCCUAAAGUUGAAAUGAAACCUACCUCUGUGGUAGUUGUUUUGUCAUGUUCGUUCACCUUUUUGACUUUGCAGCCUCUGCUGCAACUCCUCAUCCAUAUAUUCAGGCUUGAAUAACGUUCAGCAUCAAAUGUUAAACUCUUAAGUUUCAAUAAUCAUAGCUUCAAUUUCAAUAGCAAAUGUAAUGCUGUAAAUGUCUGUACCCAUUACAUCAUUGAACAAAAAUGCACAAAAAUAUCUGGACCAGUCUAACGCAUACACAUAAAUUAAAAUCGCAAAGUUUAUUUAUUUAUUUAUUUAUUUAUUUAUUCAUUUUUAUUAUUUUUAUGCAAUGUUAUUAACAUAGUACACCAGAAUUUACCAUGGCACAGUGGUUGGCAAAUGCUGUCAAACGUUAAAAACAUUUCUUGCUGUCUGCAAAUUUAUUUUUUCCUGCUGCAUUAAUCAUCAGUUGAAAGCUAAUUUCUGUAAUCUUUCGUUAGAAUUUGAGGAAACUUCUACAGAAGAACAUAGUUUAAUUUCAAAUUUAAUUGCUGAAAAAAUUGUAUAAUAUAAAUUAAAAUGUAAAUUUUAACUCAUAAUCAGAAUUAUUUUUAAUCAUUCUACUUUUUUCUCAGUAUCUGAGGUCUGAGUUGGUGCCACUAUGAAUAGAUAAAGAAACACUGCCACCUUGUGGUUAUGCUCAAGCACAGAUAUGUAUGUGAUGUAGAUGCACUUAGGUCUGGAUGUUCACAUGGCAUUCCACUGUGCUACCAGAGGGAAGGAGCUGGUACUCCGGGUGUAGGACAUAGGUGGAGUCUGUGAUGAUUCCUUUCUGCCUGUCUGAUAAGUGCCCUAUCACAUGCAGGCUGGAGGGGGGGUGUUGCCUGACCCUCAUGAUUUCCAUGGCUGUCUGAAUUAAGUGAUUGAUCUGGCACCUCAGUUGAACAGAGAGGUUGCCAAACUAGGUGGUGAGGGCAUACCAAGGGCAUACCAAAACUUGAAAAAUGGCCUAAAUGAAGAAAGAUGCUUGUACCAUUUACAAUACUAACAGAUUAUGUCUACAUAAAUUAUGAAUAUGAACUAAAAUGCCACAAAUGCAGUUAUCUUGGUGAAAAUGCAAAAAUGAAGUUGUUCUCCUUAAGUUUGAAAUGAAAUACUGAGAGAUCACGUAUAUAAAACAGGUAGAUCAAUACAUGUCCUGAACUUCCAAAGUAAUUCCUGUCCAUUUGAUGAGGCCGUUCCCCACAGUGGGUACUGGGAAAGGUUAAAACAAAUAACCUAGGUUACAGAUACUAUGGGAAAGGUUAAAAACAUAACCAGUAGUAUUUGUUUUUGUUUUUUUUUUGGCAUCUAGUGCUCUCUUGUGGUCAAACCCAGAGUGACAGGGUAAAUGGUGUAAAAACGGACUGGACGCAUUGUAUCCAUUUGAAGUAUACAACUAAAUAAAUCGAGCCACUUAACUAGCAAACUUAUUAUUAAUAUUAGGUGGAUACAAAUUACAUUAUGAUGACUCAGAAAUUAGUUAAUGUGGCGCAGUUGUUAUAUUUUUUUAAUCAUAUUUUUAGUUUUCACAGAGGGAAUAGUUCUCCAGCUUGAAAACUUUGGAGUUUUAGAAUAAUAGAAUAAUUAGAAUAAUUUUAGGAGAUUAAGGUAAAGGAAGUGAUGUGAUGUGAUGAGAAGUGCAAAGAUGUUAAUCAGACACCGUAACCUCAAGUUUAAGAUUGUGUUUCACUUGUAACCUACUAAAUCCUUAGUGGUGGGAGUUUUCUUGUCAGAAAGAGCAAUGAAAGUAGGGUUUUGUUCAGAUGUUUAAAAGUGUUCUGUUGCACAGUUUCUUGAGUGUCUACAGUAAAUGAUUGUAUUUUUGAGUGAUUUCAGGACUGAUAAAGAGCAUAUGUAACAAGGCACAAAGUAGGUUUCCUGUGCUGUUUAAUUAGAAACACACUUUCUCACUUUACAUCAAUAUUACUAAUAUUGACAAUAUAUUCAAUAUCAAAUAGGAUGUCUUUCUAUUAUAGAUAUAUACACAAAAAUUAUAUGAGGCUUUCUUAAUACAAGGAGAAGAAGUAUCACAUACUUUGUCUCACAUUAGCCUUUCAUUGCUUGUCACUGCACAGGGUCUAUACUGGGCCACACCUGCCUUCUUCAUCAUGUGUUUUCAGUUUCAGAGGCACAUACGUACACGCGGCUGCUGUUUUCACAGAACUGACAAGGAGUGAACAUUGCGGUGGGGAACAUGACAGCCAAGAAGGUGUGUUUGUGUGAGGGGGGAGGUGUGAGCUAUGAGCUGUGGGGGCGGUUGCCAAAGGCCAGCUUAUAUGACAGCUGUGAUUCCGACUGGCCUGCACUUGCCUCAACAUCUCUCUCUUACCUUGACUUACAA